UGUUAAAUUCAACGGACAUUGUGACAAUGGCUGACGGUUUGCCUGGAGCAUGGUCUGAUCCAAGGGAGCCUGACGGAGUUCAGGAGAUUUGUGAUCAGGUGAAGCCCCACGUGGAGGAAAAGACAAAUAAGAUAUAUGUGGAAUUCAGAGUAGUUGAAUUCAGGAAGCAGAUUGUGGCUGGAACAAACUUCCUCAUCAAGGUUGAUGUUGGAGGAGAAAACUACAUUCAUCUGCUUGUCUUCAAGGCACUUCCAUGUAAUGGAGGUGGGAUCGAGCUGCUGAAAGUACUGGAGGACAAAACCAAAGAAGAACCCCUCGUACCUUUCUAAAAUGCUCUGCUUAUUCUUUCUGAAAUGAUUCCACACAAUACUGCUUUACAAUACAUCAUCGUUGAAUGUAUUAACAUAAUACAAUAUUUGGUGUUUGGAAGAAGCACCUUAAAUGUACAAUUUUCUAAAGAGAUAUUAAAGAAAGAAUUAAAGUGAGUCUUUAUGUCA